UAGGCUCCAUUUAUGAAUCUAUGCAAAAUUCAUCUUCUUAGCCCAUUUCAAGCACCAAAUAUGGGCUUGCACGGUUCGACCAAUGCUCAACUUGAAUUUGUACUCCGUAAUUUCUUUCAUCAAUCAAAUAAAUAAAGACAAGCAACUAGCGUUCAUCGAUAAACUCCCAAAUAGCGCGUUUAUCGGGACAAGUGGGCAACGACUAAUAACGAUAUUCAAUUCAACGGUUCAACCCCUCCCACUCCGACGACUUUUCUCAAUUUCCAUCAAAUAUCCCAGAAAAUACUCUUCACAAUUACGGAGUACUCCAUAAUUUUCAAUCAUCAAGUAGUACAAAAACCCAAAAAAAUUAAAAAAAAAGUGUCACAAAUCUUGUACUUCAUUUCCCCAAAAUUUCAAAUCUAAUGGAUGAUUAUUAUAUUUACUCAAAAAUCAUGUUCAGAACCCAAAACGACUGAGUUUUUGGGUCUCCAAAGAACUGUUUAGAUCCCCUUUUCAUAUCGUUUCUUCAUCACCAUUACCAUUUCCGUAUCUGGGCACCAUGAAAGGAAGAAAGAUCUUUGGGAUAUCUCUCUCCCUUAUUCUCAUCAAUAUGGCUGCUGUAAUGGAAAAGGCUGAUGAAAAUUUACUCCCUUCUGUGUACACUGAAGUUAGUCAAGCUUUUAAUGUUGGGCCUGCUGAUCUGGGGUAUCUGACAUUUGUCAGAAACUUUGUGCGAGGAUUGGCAUCCCCUUUGGCUGGGAUACUUGUCAUCAACUAUGACCGUCCAGCAAUACUUGCAAUGGGAACCCUCUUUUGGGCAGUAUCAACUGCAGCUGUGGGUGUAAGCCAGCGAUUUAUGCAAGUUGCUUUCUGGAGGGCUGUCAAUGGCUUUGGUCUAGCAAUCGUGAUACCAGCACUCCAAUCGUUCAUAGCAGACAGCUAUUUAGAAGGUGUAAGAGGGACAGGUUUUGGGAUGCUCAGCUUUGUUGGUAGUUUUGGUGGAAUUGGAGGUGGUGUUGUGGCGACAGUCAUGGCUGGUCACGAAUUCUGGGGUGUACCUGGCUGGAGAGUCGCUUUUAUCAUGAUGGCUAGUUUGAGUAUGAAGAUUGGCUUACUUGUUUUCCUGUUUGUUGAAGACCCGAGAAAGAUUUCCUCUUCUGAAGCUUCUGAUAGGAAUGCUUUGAUUGGUAAAUAUGGUGGAAGUUCAAAAUCCAUUUGGAAUGAGUCAUUGAUAGCAAUGAAAGCUGUUAUGAAGGUUCAAACAUUUCGGGUUAUUGUUUUGCAGGGCCUAAUGGGUUCACUACCAUGGACAGCCAUGGUGUUUUUUACCAUGUGGUUUGAAUUGAUUGGGUUUGAUCAUAAUUCUUCAGCAGGGCUCCUUAGUCUCUUUGCUUUUGGAUCUGCAAGUGGCGCCGUCCUUGGUGGGAUGAUUGCUGACCGGAUAACGUGUUUCUAUCCUUAUUCCGGCAGAAUAAUGUGUGCUCAAUUCAGUGCAUCCAUGGGCAUCCCAUUCUCGUGGUUCCUCCUCACAGUGAUUCCUCAGUCUGUGAACAGUUGGUAUAUUUAUGCAACCACUCUAUUCUUCAUGGGCCUGAUCAUCAGCUGGAAUGGAGCUGCUGCAAAUGCACCCAUGUUCUCUCAAGUGGUGCCUGCUAAGCACAGGACAAUGAUAUACUCUUUUGAUCGUGCAUUUGAGGGCUCCUUCUCUUCCUUUGCUGCACCACUGGUUGGAAUACUCUCGGAGAAGAUAUAUGGGUACAAUUCAAAAUCUGUCCAUCCUGGUGGAGGGUCGACUCAAGAGGCCUAUGCGUUGUCCCGUGGACUUCUAACAAUGAUGGUUGUUCCAUUUGGUUUAUGCUGCUUGUUUUAUACACCAUUGUAUUGUGUAUUUAAGCAGGACCGUGAGAGGGCUAGGCUAGCUAGUUUAAGGGAGGAAGUUGCUCUUAGUUCAGCAGUUGACAAGGAGUGAUCUAUCUUUUCUCUGAAGAAUUUGUUCUUAAGAGCUAGGUCAUGCUAGUAUUUUCGACUCAAGGAUAAUGCUCUUUUUGCUAGAAUUACACCACACGAAUUUGGAGGUGCCUGCAAAUAUCCACGAGAUACCACUCUAGCUAGUAGCUACAAAAUGUAAAAUGCUCCUCUUGUACACUAAUUCAAUUGAUUGGCCUACAAGGCCAAAAUACAA